AUGUCGAGAAUCAUAGUCAAGGGCUUGCCUCUUUAUUACACCGAGGACAAGCUUAAAACUCAUUUCCAGAAAAAAGGAGUGGUGACAGAUGUGAAGUUGGUUAGGAAUAGACAAGGUGAAUCGAGGCGAUUUGCAUUCAUAGGUUAUAGAUCCCAGCAGGAUGCCGAAAAUGCGGUCAAAUACUUUGACAAAACGUUCAUUGACACCGCUAGAAUAUCAGUUCAGCCAGCCAAAACUUUCAGCGAUCCGACAGUGCCCCUUCCGUGGAGAGAAAAGCGGUUGCAAGCCAAAAGACAGUUGCAAGAAACUGAAGAGAAAUUGAAGAAACUUGAAGAGAUUCAAAACAAGCGCAGGAACAAGAACACAAAGAAGGGAGUUGAUGCCUUUAUUGAAGACCAGGUUAGCUCCAAUCCCAAACUCCAAGAGUUCUUAGAAGUUUCCAAACCUAGUGUUCAGCAAAAAUCUUGGAAAAACGAGGAUCUCGUGAGCGCCCAGCCAGAUAAUUCAACAGACUUGCAAUCUGCAUCUCUAGCUACAGAGAAUGCUAGUGAUGAUGAGUACGAGGAGUUUAAUGGGUUUCAGAGCGAAGAAGAGGAAUCCGAAAAAAUGAUCACAUUGGAUGAAGCUGAAAAUAGACAAACACAGGUUGAAACUGCACAAGAUGAUAAUAAGGAGGAGGUAAAACAGAGCGCGGAAAUAGAUGAUUUGGAAUGGUUCAAAUUGAGAAGGAAAAGAAUCAAAGAAGGUGAAGUUACUGAAGAGCCAGAAAAAUCACAAGACAUCAACAAAGCCAAUGAUAUUCAGAUCGAGCAAGUUGGACAGAGUGCGCAGCAUCAAUCAGAUGAUGAAGAAGAGCCUCAGCUCAACGAGCAGGACAAAGCCAUACAGCGUAUAUCACAGACGGGAAGAUUAUUCCUCCGAAACAUUCUUUAUUCUGCUACUGAAGAUGAUUUCCGCGAGCUUUUUGGUACAUAUGGUUCUCUGGAUGAGGUUCACAUUGCGGUUGAUACCAGAACUGGAAACUCGAAAGGUUUUGCAUAUGUAAAAUUCACUUCUGCAGACGAUGCUGUCAAAGCAUAUCUGGAAUUGGACAAACAAAUUUUCCAAGGCAGACUACUUCACAUUCUUCCUGCCGAAGCCAAGAAAGACCACACAUUGACUGAUUUCGAUCUUGCCAAUCUUCCUCUCAAGAAACAGAGGGAGUUGAAGAAAAAGUAUGAGGCUUCCAAAGCGCAGUUUAGCUGGAACUCUCUCUACAUGAAUAACGACGCAGUCCUUGAGAGUGUGGCUAGCAAGAUGGGCAUUUCGAAGGGAGAGUUGAUCGAUCCAACCAACAGCAGUUCUGCUGUGAAACAGGCUUUGGCCGAGGCCCAUGUUAUUGGAGAUGUCAGAAAGUACUUUGAGGAUAAAGGUGUUGAUCUGACUAGCUUCAACACUAAAGAGCGCGAUGACAAGGUGAUUUUGGUGAAGAACUUUCAGCACGGUACCACCAAAGAAGAGAUUGGUGAGCUUUUCUCGGCCUACGGACAACUCAAUAGAUUAUUGAUGCCUCCUGCCGGGACCAUCGCCAUUGUCGAGUUCCGUGACGCACCAGCAGCAAGAGCUGCGUUUUCCAAGCUCGCCUUUAGACGUCUUGGAAAGUCAAUUCUGUACCUCGAGAAAGGUCCUAAAAACCUCUUCACUAAAGAAGCUUCGACCGAAGAGCUUGAGAGUGUCUCUAAAACCGAAUCGAAAGCCGACACAACAGAGAUCAUGGAUAUUGACAACGAGGAGGAUGUGGAGAUAUCUGGUCCUACUGUGUCUGUGUUCGUGAAGAACUUGAAUUUCAGCACCACUACAAACGAAUUAACUGCAACUUUCAAAAGCUUACCUGGCUUUGUCGUAGCAGUUGUUAGGACGCGUCCGGACCCAAAGCGCACAGGCAAGACGCAAAGUAUGGGAUUUGGAUUUGUGGAGUUCAAGACCAAAGAGCAGGCAGAGAACGCUAUCAAGAUAAUGAACGGACAUCUUCUAGAUGGCCACCAGCUGCAAUUGAAGCUCUCAAACAGAGUGAGUCAAGGAAAGUCGGACACUGCGUCUGCCAAGAAGGGCAAGAAGUCACCAAAGAUCAUUGUCAAGAAUCUGGCUUUCGAGUCUACCAGGAACGAUAUUUUCGAGUUGUUCAGCCCAUUCGGCAACCUCAAAUCUGUCAGGGUGCCUAAGAAGUUUGACAAGUCCGCUAGAGGAUUUGCUUUCGUCGAGUUUAGUACGCUCAAAGAGGCUGAAAGCGCCAUGGAUCAAUUACAGGGAGUCCACUUGCUUGGUCGUAGGUUAGUUAUGGACUUUGCCGAUGCUGAGAGCAAGGACGUGGAAGAAGAGAUUGAGAGAAUGACCAAGAAGGCCAAGUUCCAAACUGGUGUCAGGAAAAUGGCACAGCUUCGCGAAAGUCAUUCUGGCAAACGGAAACUCGAUUUGGAAGACGAGUCCGAGAUGUAA